ACACAACACUAAUACACAGAAGAAGAAGAAGAAAAUUAGAAAAAGAAGAAGAAGAAGAAGAAGCAUCAAGCAGUGGAAAUUUCAAUUGGAAAAGAGAGAAAUGGAUGACUACACCAGAGAAAUGAUGGACCUGAAAACACUCGUGACUCGCACUCUUGAGAAGAAAGGCGUUCUCGCAAGGAUUCGUGCUGAACUCAGAGCGAGUGUGUUUGAAGCCAUUGAAGAGGAAGAUCGGGUCGUCGAGAAGGAACAGGGUUUGCCUCCUGCUUUGCUCGGUAGCUGCAACGAUCGAGCUAAACAGCUUCACGCUUCUCCUUCAGGCAGACUCCUUACUGCACUGAUUUGUGAAUAUCUUGACUGGGCACAGCUCAAUCACACGUUGAAAGUUUAUCUUCCAGAAUGUAAUUUGGAAAAAGAUUUUUGGAAGGCUGAGUUAAAAGAAUUUAGCAGCAAAAAUGGAUACGAUCUCAACAGAAACGGAGAUAGUCCUGUACUUUUGGAUGUGCUUGAAGGAUUCUUGAAGUUUGAGAACUUAUCACAAGCAAGAGCUAGUGGUAGGAGAUUUACCACUUCAGAAGCAGAGCCUUUGCCAAAUUCGGAAUCACGGACCGUGCGAAGGCAUUCUUCAUCGUCUGUUGCUGGUGGCUUACCUCCACUAGGAAGGGCUGUUCCUUCAUCUCAGGCAUCUGAUAGAAGAGGAGGAUCCUCCACGUCUUCAUACAGGAAGGAUGAGUACAAUUGGCGAUAUGACAGUGAUGAGCUUCCUGAUGAUGUAAUUCAAGCUUCAACUGCUUUGGAAAAUCUUCAGUUGGACAGAAAAGCUCGGAAUCUAACAUCAUCUUGGCGACAUGCUGGUGAUGGAAUCAAUGAGGAUGAUGGCAGGGCUGAUCUUGCGUAGGGACAGAUUUGCUUGCAUAAUCAGUCUUCCGUUGUAUUUUAUUGUGUAUUCUGAAUUUUUCUGCUUUUGGUGAUGAUUGAAUGAGCCAUAUUUUAUGUAAGAUCGUUUAAUAGUGAUAUGAUUUAGUGUUUUCUAUAA